AUGCUACUGCACCCCGAACAUUCCUCCGCAUACUGCAAUCAUUUCUUGGCCCUAGGCAUUAUUGUCCAAGGAGAGCUUUUCCGACGUUUUACCCGUUUUGAUAGUCCCAUGUUCAAAUCCUGCAACUACUGCAGACACAGGAAGAAGAAAUGUGUCUUGGACAGCCCGUGGGCAAGCCGCUGCACCGAAUGUGACCAUCUGGACCUGGUCUGCGAGUUUAGCCGGCGUCAGCCCAGCCUGAAGCGUCGCAAAACCUCCCAGCGCAUUGCGUCACGAGUCUCGGCUGUCGCCGCCGCAGCUUCUGCCCCGAGUCCUGCAGAAGAGCGCCAAUGGGCCAACACAGGCAGCAUUGUCUCUGUCGUCAAGGACGGGGAUAGUCAGUUAAAUUCUGCGGGCGUUACUCACUCCGAUGGCCAAAAGAUUAUCCUCAAAGAUGAUAAUUCAGAUACCCCAAAUUCAACAGCAAGAAAAUAUUGGGAUUAUGUUCACCCGCUCACUCCGUUUGUGCCAUCAGAAAUGAUCCAGGACGGCAAUGAGAGCUGGGACCCGGUGCUACACGAAUGUGUCGAGCUAGCUGCCAGUAUCUGGCUUCACCAUAGGCCCAAUUCGGAUCUGCCGCAACGGGCCAGUGAUUCCCUGGCAUUGGUGACUCAGGGCGAGAUGACACUGCAAUGCCUCGCCGGUGCCUUGUUGCUGAUGCUUCGUUUUCCUGUCGAGCGUGACUCUGUACAACGGGUAAGCAGCCAAUCUAACACCUUUCUUGGAUUCGUAUUGAAUAAAAUCAGGUAUUCGGCACCAUCCACGCUGCUUUACUCAUUGGGGAGGAACUACCAGCUCCCAUUCUUGCGGGCGCAGUCGUCGCCAACACCUGGCUUCGGCUAG